AACAUUGUGGAACGCGCUGCAAAUCACAGCGCGCAUUUUGUUAAAAGUUUAAUGUAAAUAUUUGCAAACAAGUAUAAAGUUUAUUAAUUGACAAAAUGUACAAUCAACUGCUGCUGUCGCUGGCGGUGAGCACGGUUCCAAUACUGGCGUUUGCAUUUGUGGGACUUUUAUUGCUGCACAAAUUAUAUGUGAAAAUUCGCUCUAAAUUCGAUGUUAGCGUAAAUUGCUGGUUUUGCAAUCAAUAUACCCGCGUACCCUAUUUAGAAUCGAACAGCUGGACGUGUCCUCACUGUGAACAAUAUAAUGGAUUCACCAAAGAUGGGGACUACAACCGUGACAUAUUUUCAAAAAUGGAUUGCAGUAAUUCCUCUGCAGGUAUAGCAAGACUUAAUCAAUCAUCUGAACAUGACUCUUCAGACUCAGCGCUGUGCGUUCCCAAAAAUGGGUUUUGUAAUGAGUGCAAUGAGGCGCAACGUUUAAAAGUGGAGAAGUUGGCACAAUUUGAACCAAAGAGAGAAUCACGUUUCGACGAAGAACUCAAAGCUUUCAAAGUAAAAUUGGAACAGCAAUAUCGCUUGUGUGGCACAUGUGAACGUCAUUUAGGAAAAGUACUUCAUGAAAAGAAAAAAAUGGUUCUGGGAUCGAAAUUUCUUGAUUUCAUUAUAAAAGGUGCUGAAACACUGAAACAACCACAUUUCAGCCAAGUCCGCCAUGUGCAGUGUCAGCACUGGAAACGCCGUCUUUCGCUUCACACAACCAUAUUGACAAUAUUAAACUUGUUUUGUUUAUUCUGCAUGUUGCCGACAUUGACGCGCGAGCAUCUCACAUCAGUUUUAGGAGAACGAGUCGGAGAGCAGCUGUUUUUGGCUAUUUCACAUGCGUUGGCAUUGUGUCGGGUGUUAACCGCAUACCUGACUCAAAUUGGCGCGCAUCCAUUGUUGGAGAAGUGUAAACUACUUUCGCGCACAAUUUUCAUGAUGCUUAUGUAUUCGCUUGGGUUAAAGAUGCCGCAAAUCACUCGCAUUAGUUUUUUUUCGCUUUACGUGCUUGCAUAUCCUUUUGUGCUGCUAGGAAUAUCUUUCGGCUAUAAAAUAAUUGAUGGUUUUAAACUGACACGUUUCACAUUUUUGUUGACCUUAUGGAGCGUAUUUGCAGGCGGACUAAUAGAUGAGCAAUUAUACUUUCCGCCAAAUAUUCUAAUGCUCAUUGCGUCAACGCUAACCCUUGUUCUCUCAUUGACAAAUGAAGUUGAAGUCUCUCCGAAACUUCAUGAUAAUAGUGCUACCAGCUUUCAUAAGAUCUAUUCCGAGGACUACUUAAGCGAUGACGACACAAUUAGCAUGUUAAGUCAACAAUUCAAUUGCAGCAGCGCAAGCACCGUUCGUUCACCUUCAACACUAGGACGACCAUCGCCCCAGCAGAAGGCGCAGCUAUAUAAAUCGCCGGUUACUUCAUCAACUCGUUCUUUACACAACGGAACAAAUACAAAGGUUUCUCCCAACUCUACCUACAAAUCUUCGUACUUCGAUCUGCAACCUAGUGCACACUCAGUUCGGCCUCAUUAUGCAGCGUCGUCCAUUGGAGAAUUCCACUCGGCGCUCUCAUCUGCCACAUUGACCGCACGUGCUCCAUUUUUUGGUUCAAAUGUGGACAUAAAUAACCUGGAACGUGCGCGGUCACCGAUGUUUGGUCAAAGUGGUAAUAACUUAAGAAAUGGCUUAAACGCUUCAGUAUUAAAUGCAUCCUUCAAUGGAGAAUCGAAUGCGCAUUUAACAACGCAAAAGAACGGUUUCUAUGGUCAGUAUCGCAUCGGGGUACCAAUGAGCCAGCGCAACUUCUCUGGAAAUUCUGGUGGAUUACACUCGCCAUUUUCAUUGUCCAGUAACACGGUGUAUCAGCGUCCUGCUUCGACAAAUUUAAUCACGCCAUCUCGGUUCAGCACCACUUGUAUUGCACAAACGCCUGCCACGUCCUGGUUAUCAACCGGAAGUUUGAACCAACUUAACAAAAAUUUUCCGGAACCACGGCAAACAAUGACCACAAUUGGAGAGAAUUUAUCGCGCGCUUCAUCGCAAUCAUCGGGGUUCGAGUCUCAAAACGACCGAUUAAAUAUGUCACGUGAGAACUCAUUCAGCAACGAAAGUAACGACAAUGCGGCGCAUCCUUCAGAAGCCACAAGGAGCUUUCAGCCAAUUGACGCUGGCAGUCGUUCGGCUUUCUCCCCACGCCCUUCGCUGUUGACUAACCCGCAGUUGGUGACUCCAUUAACAGUAAAUUGUGGUUUGACAUCACCUCCCGCCUGUCAAGCGCCAUCUAUGGGUGACCUUUGGGCUGCACCCGCUCAAAGAAAAGGUCUCGGAGGACUUGACAUAUUUAACUUACGUAAAAUUAAUGAUGAACUGCCACUGCCCACUCAUAAAUAUAAACGCGGUGAUCUGCUAAAAAAAUGGAAGGAAAGCCAAUUAAUUUCUUAAUUUCAAGUUCUGCCAUGAUUCAUACACAUAAUUGUUUUUAUCACCUCACAUUAAACAAUAUUCAUUUAAUUUCUAUUAACUAAGAAAUUUUUAGUUUAGUUAAAUGUAUAUUUAUAAUAAGUUAACGCGGACUCAGGAGAGGAGUAUAAUUUAUUGUUUAGUUAGCAAGAUAAUUGUAACUUUUACUAUAUCAUAUAGCACAAUUCUUUCAUAGCUUGUACAUAUAUUUUUUUUAUUAUUUAUACAAAAACGUUAAAAGGCAGCAGAUUGAAAACAAAGUUGUGUUCAAAAAUGUUGAAUUUCUAACAAAAUACUGACUACAUUAAUGGUUACAUUAGUGGUUUUGGAUUGUAAUUUUAUUUUUGAAGUUCUAGUUAUAAUCGUAAACUAAACACUGCCAUGUAAAUUUGUAAAUUGUUUCUACAAGUUGACAUGUUCAAAGAAUGUCUUAAGGAAUAAAGGCUACUUUCAAGUUUUCAUAUAAA